UCCUCAUUCAAUCUGAUUUCUCCUAAAAUUUGUAUAUUUUGAUUUCUUCUGAAAAUCUUUGAAAAAUCUUCUAAAUUUUUAUCAUUUGUUUUCUUCUGUAAAUCUUUCUGUUUUUGUUUCUCAUACCUUCAAUGGAAUCCGUUCAUGGUCUCAAACAGUCCACUAAAAAUCAACGAAUUCUUGUUUCUCCUGGUUCUGAUUCGUCUUGGGAAGGUUACGACGAAGUUAGAUCCAAACAUCGUAACGAUCCAACAGUGAUGAAUAAGCUACGUGAGAAAUUGAAGUCGAAAGCUACAGUUAAACAUGCACCCAAAGAAAUAGACAACAAGAUUGAAGGGGUUACAACACGCCCUAAUCUCCCAAAGGGAAUGAAAUACGUCAUCAAGAAGAUCACGUCCCACCCAUUGAGAUUCGGAACGGCAUAUAGGGCUAAUUUUCUUGAUGAUUUUGAAUCAUCAAUAGGUGGAGAUAUUGUUGUCAGAAGGCCAUUGAUGGUUAUGUUAGCGAUAACGACGAUCCCAAAAAAAACUAGGAGAGACAUCUCUCCAAACCAAGGAGAACUGAUUGAUGUCCAGUAG